AUGUCACGUACGCGUAUCGAAGGCCUUUACGCCACAUUCACCCGGAUGUGUGGCACAACACAGAACUCAUGUUUUGAAGCAGAUGGGACUCGUUUUCUGUACCGCCUUUGUGAGGAUGUGUACAUUGUUGUUAUCACUACUCUUUCCUCUAAUGUCAUCGAAGACACACAAAUCAUGAAUUCCGUCAUUUCCUCUCUUCAACAGAAAAUGACGGUCACUGCCAAAACGGUGACUCAAGGAAUGUUCGAAGCACUCUUCAUUUUAGAUGAAUACCUCCAAUGGGGUUUUACCGAGAAACUUGCGACAAACACUGUCCGUUCGAACUUGGCGAUGAAGUCACGGGACGAAGAGAUAUACCUCCAACAACUCGAAGCCAAAAAGGCGGAAGCUGCUCGUAUUGCAAAACAACGAGAGGAAGAAAUUCGUGAGGAGAAGAUGAUUAAAGAGAAAAUAGCGAUGAUGCAGAACCUUCAGAACGUUCAAGUGAAUGAACAGUAUGAAGUUAAAAAGGAUUAUGUCCCCGACGCGGUGCCAUCGAAGAAGGCUGCUCCCCUUAAGAAAAAGCAGCCAAAAGCUUACAAAUCAAACAAAGGACUUCAACUUGGGAAGAAAAAGCAGUCCGAUCAAAUUCUUGAAGAGAUAAGAAAAGAUGAGCCGGAGGUAUCUUUUGCAGAUCAACACGACGAUGAUGAUGUUGAUAUUACAAAUGACCAACAAGACCAAAAGGAGAAUGUUGAAGAGAAAGACACUGAAGACAUCCCACAACCAGACAACACACCUUCUACCACUACAAAACAAGAAAAAGGACAAGACGAAUUGCCUAAGUUCUGUCCAGAAUGCGGUGCAAAGAAUUCGGGGACAAAGUUUUGCCCGGAGUGCGGGUUUAAAUUUUAA